CUCGGUCGACCGAAGAUGCCGUUGGACCGAGCCGUCGCUCAAGCCGCUGCCGACGACGUCAAAGUUCCGGAAAGGAGCGAGCAGAAGACAAGUUCAGACGGCGAACAUCCAGCAUCUUCACCUAGCACGCCCGUGCCGCAGGUCAUUGUCUCUGUUCCUUCCGCCAUGAACCUCGCUGCGGAAGCAGAUGCAGACGUCCUCAACCAUGUCGCAUCGCUGGCAGGUUCUACAGAACCUACUAAUUCCGUUCCUACUGUCUCAGAACAGCCACAGAUGGUCGAGGAGAAUGCCAAAGAGCCGGCGCCCGCCCAGCCAGCUCCGUCUAGCUCAUCAUGGUGGAGCUACCUUGGCUAUUCCGAAAGCUCGACGGAGGUUAAUGCUAGUAGCUCUGAUCAGAAGCUUGGCAACGACCCAAAGCCUUCGCAAGACGAGAAGGCGGAAUCUGCUGGGGCACCAACAGCUGAGAACACACAGCCCGAACCUACUCAAGCCAGCUCUUCAGAUGAGAGAACUCGACGCAGAUCUACACCUGACACCUUGGCCUCCCCUAUCUCCCCGUCUGUUUCCUCGCUAGCUAAGCGGCAUUCGUCUGAAGUCUCGCGCGCUGAGAUCAAGGAGAUCCACGACAAGGACGAGUUCGAGAAGAAACAGACGCCGUCGUUGUUCUCGGCGGAAACGUCGAAAAGCCAGGGUGCCGCGUGGUAUUCGCCGUGGAGUUGGUACGCCGCAAGCCCAAUCGUACCGUCGAGCUCGACAUUGGCCGAUACUGCGUCAGGAAGCGAGGACACGCUGCGCGGUAAGGGCGAAGAAGUGAGCCACCAGAAGACGGAGAGCGAGAUGGUGAAAGAGGAGGCGCUGGCACGGGACGAGGCGAAGGAAGAGGCGAAGGAAGAGGCGAAGGAAGAGACGAAGGCAACUGAAACGGCCACUGAACACCGUGAAGCACCGCCGGUGAGUGCGCAGCACGAGCCGGCAUCGCCUUUGAAGAACCCAAUCGAAUCUUCGAUAUCCACCAACCGCGAAGGGUGGAUGUCGUUUCUCAUGUCGAAGGCGAUGCAAAUGAAGAGCAUCACGAACGGCGAAGAAACGAAGCAUGAUGCGAACGGGAUGGAAGUUAUGGACAUUGAGGACGACAGCGAACCCGAAGAGGGCCGGGCGUCUGAAAAGAAAGCUGAGGACGUCAAAGAGGAGCCGACCAAGGAAGCCAAGACCUCCUCUGCGCCGCCUUCGCAGGCAAUAACAAUUGUCACAGGCAAGAAGAAGUCCAAGUUCUCGCCGACGAGCCCCUCGACGGCGUCGCCGUUGAACAACACCAAGUCGCCUCCCGCGCCGCCUGCCCAGAAGGAGCGCGAGCCGAAGAAGAGCGGCCCUCCUGCGCCACCGUUGACAGACUCGGAACAGAUCAAGAAAGAUGCUCUGAAGGACAGGGGGACACGCUCCCCGUCCCCGGCACCAUCCAAGGCCUCUUCGACGGCUCCGCGCAACGCGCCACCGAAUCUUGUCUUGCCCACCUGGCAGGACACGUUCAUGUCCCCGCCCCGCUCAAAUGUACCACCCCCGCCUACACCACCAGCAACUCAGCGUGGCGCGAUCGGAAAGACGCUGCAGGUGCUCAGCGGCGUCCUCUUAGGCGGCGGCAAGGAUGGAGACAGUGACCGAAGGAGCGUGAAGGGCAAGGGCAGGGAGCGCGAGGAGCCGAACACCUACAUCCACUAUGGCAUGGAGCUGCCCAAGGCGUUUGACGUCUUGGGCCAUCCGUUCGACGCCGCGUCUCUCAACGAGAAGUGCAGGGUUGUCGUGAUCGGUGUUGCGGGAUGGUCACCGGGUGCACUGACUCGGACGCUCGCAGGAGGCUUGCCGUCCUCGAGCAGCAAGUUUGUGGAUAUGACGUGCACAGCGCUCGAGAAAUUUGAGGAGACGCACGGGCUCAAGUUCCAGAAGGUUACCAAGAUCCCGCUGGAAGGUGAUGGUACCAUUGAGCGCAAGGUCGCCAAGGUCCAUGCGCACUUGCUCAGUAACGACGAGUGGGUGAGCGACCUGCACGCGGCCGAUGCUAUCUUCUUCGCGACGCACAGUCAGGGCUCGGUCGUCUCGACGCACCUUCUCGAACGGCUCCUCAAUGAAGGGCAUAUCCUCACGCAGAAGAGUAUGGAUAUCAUCACCCGGGCCGCGGCUGCUGUCGCGCCUGACGGAGUGUCACCGAGCCAACCCGCACGAACGCACGUCCAGCGCGUAUGCUCCCUUGCGCUGUGUGGCAUUCACCUCGGCCCACUGCGAUAUUUGAGGACAAGCUCGUUAUUGCAGCCGUACAUUCAGUACUUUGAGAAUGCAGCCGCGCGAGAGUUAUUUGACUUCCAGAACACGGAAUCCGAGGUAUCACGCAACUAUGUCAAGGCGCUGAACACGGUGAUGGAUCACGGGUCGAAGAUGGUGUAUGUUGCGUCCCUUAACGACCAGGUCGUGCCCGUCUACUCGGGCAUCUUUGCCUCCGCGUCACAUCCUCGCAUUCUGAGAGCACUGUACAUCGAUAGUGACGCAUACUCAUCCUCGGACUUCCUUUCGAAUCUGCUCGUGCUGCUCAUUCGCAUCCGGAACUCGGGCCUGUCCGAUUCUGGGCUGCUGACGCACCUCUCGGAGGCGACGGCCGGCACGCUGAGUGGGGUGGGACACUCAACUGCGUACGAAGAGUUGGCGACGUAUUCACUCGCUGUUGACUAUCUCUUUUUAACCAACGAUGGUGGCGAUGAUGCCCCGGCACUCACGGUCGAACCAUUCAACGCUGUGGACGAGCAGAACGAUUAUGAAAUUCCGUGGUCACUUCGUGAUCUCAUUGCUGACGACCGCGUGGCGUACUUCUUCGCAAAGGAGUUUGCGCAGCUCCGCGAUGCAUUCGAUGAUUGGGCGCCAAAGACGUCCAUCCUGCGGGACGUCAAGCGCAAGCUGCAGCCUAUACAAAAGCUCUCAUUCAUCAAGGGCAGUGCAUUCGGAAGUAGACUAUAGCCUAUUCUAGCUUCACAGGUAUUUGUCUGUAUCAUACUUCUAUGGUUUCGCUGCAUCGCCUUCCUUCUCCAUCUCUACAUGGACGGUUUUCCACUCGCUCACAUCUCCCAUCGGACCUUCUCCCCCACACGCCUUGUUCCAUAUACAGCAUUCAUCCCAUCAUGCACUGAUUUAUGUAGAUUUAGACUGAAC